AUGGAACCUGAAAGAAGAAAAACCAAGAAAUAUACUUUCAAGAGUUUAGAGGUGGAAGAAUUAAGAAAUCUAGGAUCUUUGAUUGUUGAUCAAGACAAGUUUUGUAGCAAGUAUGGAAGAUUAUUGUAUCUCCUCAGAACCAAGAUGGAAGAAGGAAUCCUCUCCAUUUUGAUUCAAUUCUAUGAUUCAUUGUAUCAUUGCUUCACCUUCCCUAAUUAUCAACUAUUUCCUACCUUGGAAGAGUAUUCAAGCAUCAUUGGGCUACCUAUUACUGGAAGAGUUCCUUUCAUUGGUUUAGAACAAGAUCCCAAGCGUUGCGAAAUUGCAAAGUCUACUCAUUUGAGAAAGGGAGAAAUUGAAAAGAACAUGGUUACUAAAGGAGGAUUACAUGGAUUACCUGCUGAGUUCUUAAUUGAGAAAGCUCUCACCUUGUCACAAGAAAGAAAGGAAGAAGACUUUGAAUCUAUUUUUACCUUGUUGGUGUAUGGAUUGUUCUUGUUCCCUAACAUUGAAAACUUUGUUGAUAUGAAUGCCAUCAAGAUCUUUAUGAAGAAAAUUCUUGUUCCUACCUUACUUGGGGACACUUACAACUCUAUUCAUCUCAGAAAUUCCUAUGGGAAGGGAAUGGUUUCCUGUUGUACUCCUUUUCUACAAGUGGUACAUAUCUCAUAUGCCUGA